CGCGAAACUAAGAAAUCAAGUCCAGAGAAUAGAAAAAUAUAAACCGUCAAAAAGUAGAAACCUUUUGAGUUGGAAGCAGAAAACAAUGGCGAAUGAGGGUUUCGACGAUGAAUGGGACGCAGAUUUGAUCGACCAGCUCGUCCAAGCCGAAGAGCUUGCCUUAUCCUUCGCCACUCGGCAACAUUUUCCACCUCCUCCUCCGCCGCUGCCGCAACCACAACCGCUAGAUCCGCAACCGCACACGGCGGUGUUCGCCGACGUCAGCUAUUCACCUCCCCGAGAGCUGUCUCAGAGAGUUCCAGAGUUCUCCAAGGUUUUCAAUCAGUCCUCCGAUGUCGACACUUUCUCCACUGCCGCUGGCCGAGUCACUAUCGCUCCUCGCGGGUCCCACACUGCUAAAGAAGAGGAAAUUAAUAAUUUGAAGAAGGAGCUAGAUCGAAUUUCAAAACAGCGGAUUUCUCUGGAGCAAGAGUGCAUUGAAUUAAGAAAGGAAAAAGAGAAGAAAGGGAAGAAAGAGAAGGAGCACAAGCUUGCUCUUUCAAAGAGUGUGAACGUAAAUACAGAUUCGGGUGUCAACAUCCAACAAGACCAAAGAAAAUCCUUAGAAUGCCAAAAUGCACGCUCUACGAAUGAUCAUGUUAGCUCCAGCACAAAAGUCGGUACAAUAUCCUCUAAAGAUGUUGGGAUCCAGACUGAAAAGCAUGAUGGAUCUAUCAGCUUAUCAGCGGAAAGCGAUUUAUCUGCUACUUUUUGCCGUAGAAACAAGUUGUUGGAUGUAUGGAACUUGUCUAGUGGCCAAAGAUUAGGAAGGCUUCUCAUUUCAAAAUUGUAUGCAACAUGUGAAGUUGAUUUCCGUGUCCUUUCUGGAUACCUGAACGUGAGUUUUCCCUUAAGGACAAGUUUGGAGUCAAAUAUUUCUUUGAAGGAUAAUCUGCAGUAUACUCAUUCUGGUGAGAGUGCAAAAGUGUCUCAUCUUUUCUCUAUAUUGACCAAGAUUAAUGAUGAAAUGGUGAGAUUGGAAGAUUUGUUAGAAGCAUUGUUUGGUCUUUGCAGACUUAAAAAUGUUGCUAUAAUUCAUAGGUCUUUGCAUAUACUGCAAGAGGUUUUGAAUUUCACUUUCAGUAUGGAAAGAAAAUUUGGUAAAAGGGACAACAUUGUGAUGGAGGGACCUUCUUGUUGGAAUAAUGCGUCAGAUCUGUAUGAAUAUGUAUAUCCUGGAUCUAGAGGACUGCCCCAUGUCCAUGAUGAGAAAAUAUUUGAUCAAGAUCAUGCUGAUGGCCCGAGAUUGGAUACUGUUGAUACUUAUGCCAGGAUAGGAUUCAUCAAUUGUGGAUCUAGCUGUUUGAUAUCUUCUCAUUUCAACUAUUUUCCUCUUUUUGAAUUAAUGUGCGAAAUUAUCAUGAUUCAUGAGGUAGAACAUGUAAGACUCCAGGCAGUUUCAGUCAUGAAUCUGAUUGUUGCAAGAAGUAAUGCGUACUUGGAGAGGGAAAAGUAUGGGACAGAUAUACCGUUCCAAAGUAUCUCAAAACUAUUGAAGAAGGGAGCUCGCGUGCAUGUAAAGAAGAAAGCUGUGCAUCUUCUUCAUAUGCUACUAAAUUGCCCAAGAGUAAUGGCCUCAUUCUGCAGCUGUCUCGUGGAGGGAGAUGGGGUGGGCAUGGUUGAUACCAAUUCCAAGAAUACUUCAACCUUUCCCGUAGUCAGUGUGAUCUUGGAGAGUUUGGCAGAAUGUGUCACCUGCACUGGAAGUAACGCUGAGGAACUACAGCUUCGGAGGCAUACCAUAAUUUUGCUAGCUUUCUUAGCAUCAUCAGGAAAAUGUGGUGUUGAGAUUCUGUUAAAUUAUAGGCUUCCAAAAGGAAAGGAUUUAUUUGCAAUUAUUUUGCAAAGCUUCGUUCGCGAUUUGGAUCUAGAAGAAUCGGAUACUGCUCAGCAGGCUGAAGUAUUCAAAGAGAGGACCUUGCUGAUGCGAGAGGUACUCAUACUCUUGAAUAGACUAGUCUCACAUCCCAAGUACUCCAGUCAUGUUCUGCGGGCAUUAACAAACAGUCGAGAGAAAGCAACUUUGACUGUUGAUGUAACAAGCAGAGUAUCCGGUAAGCGCAAGUUCUUGUGGCAGGAUGUUAGCAUGACUCGGCAGAUUAGGGAAUCCGAAAUCAUAGAUUUAGCUCAGGUGUUGAGAAGAAGAGUUUUCACGUUUCUUGGAGGCAGCAGCUAAUGAAAGAGGCACGAAAACUUGAUUGAUCCUUGCUAGAAGUGCACUCACGCUUGAAGAACGGCUCAUGGAAAUAUUUGAGUUAUGGUACUUGACAGGAUUGAGCGUGGAGCAAAGUUGCAGCUUCUAUGCUGAAAUCAUCAGCACUGAUCUGUUUGAAUGGGUUUUUCAGCACAAGCAUGCAUUUUUCGGUCACCCCACUGUAUAAGGUUAGUGUAAUUGUAGCAUUGAAUCAGCUUCUAUGUAUAUAUUUUACUAGUUGCGCAUGGGCCCAAUGCACUAUGCCAAACAUUUUUUUUUUUAUUAUAAAAGAACUCUUUUCUC